UCGUUGAUCUUACUUUGAUUAAAAUUUAGUUACGGGCUUACAACCAAUUACCCCUCUCCCAUCUCUCCCAUCUCCCCCAUCUUUCAAUUGUUUUGGUGUAUGCCAUAAGAGAGAAAGAUGUGGAGUUCAGAACUCACGGCAGUGAUAUUGUUGACGAUAGAGUGCUUGGAUGUGGGUUUAAUCACGUUGAGCAAAGCAGCCAUGAGGAGAGGAAUGAGUGACUACGUUUUUGUUGUCUACUCAAAUGCCCUUGCCGUUCCAGUGCUCUUUCUCUGUAGCCUCCUCUUUCACAGGAGAAGGUCUCCUCCUCCACUCACACCUUCCAUCCUGUGUAGAAUCUUUCUUCUCGGCCUGGUCAGCUGUUCAUUACAGAUGCUCAAGUUUAUAGGGAUAGGGUAUAGCUCUCCAACUCUUGCCUCCGCCAUGACUAAUCUCAUCCCUGCUUUUACCUACGUACUUGCCAUCGUCACCAGGAUGGAAAAGCUAGACUUGAAAGUCAAAAGCAGUCGUGCCAAAUGUCUUGGAACCCUAGUAUCAGUAGCAGGGGCACUCCUUAUAACUAUAUACAAAGGCCCCGGAAUUGAAUUUGCUUCAGCUACUCCUUCCAUGCUUAACCACAAUCUUCUGCUGCCCCGAUCAAACUGGAUCAUUGGAGGCUUUCUCACUGCAGCUGCUGCCUUCAUGGUCGCAGUGUUGCUUGUUUUCCAGACCUCUAUCAUUAGAGACUACCCUGCAGAGCUGAUCGUAACCCUCAUUUCUCACAUAUUUGCAACCAUGCAAUCUUCUCUAGUCUCUCUGAUCGCAGAAAGAGAUCCAAGUGCUUGGAGGCUAAGACUUGAUAUGGAGUUGAUAGCAGUUGGAUACUCGGGAAUUUUUGUGGUUGCAUUGCGAGGUGCUGUUUAUGCAUGGGUUCUGCACCAAAAGGGGCCUGUCUUUGUAGCCAUGUUUAAGCCAGCUGGGAUCGUUAUUGCAGUUAUCAUGGGGGUUACUUUUCUCGGGGAUAAGCUCCAUCUUGGCAGUGUGAUUGGAGCUGCUAUAAUAGCUCUUGGGUUUUAUAAUGUGGUUUGGGGGAAAGCCAAAGAAGAGAAGGUGGCUGAAGACAUUGCAGCUUGUGGCGUUAACACAUCCUCCCACAGAGUUCCCCUUCUCCAAAACAAAAGCACUGAAGUGUAGAGUUUUUGUAGGAAACAAAAAUUGAAAACAUGCCAAAAUUGAAAUAAUAAAUGAGGGGUAGACUUGCUACCCAGCUGCCAUAAUCAAAUAUAUGAUAGAUUUCUGGCCAAAUUGAUCUGUGCUGUUGUUGAAUUUCUUUUAAAUGUUAGCGGAGAUCCCCUGUUUGAAAGCAGCUGCUGUGCAGAAGAUCAACAUCUAAUCACUGGUGCAAAGUAGAGUUUUUCCGCUCUCCUUUUUUAAGCAGUGUGAGUGAAUGAAUUGAAGGAAGGAUCCCUGUGAAUCCAUUGUUUAUUCCCACACAGAUAGGCACAAAUUUAUCACCACAUGGAAAUCUAUUGUUGUGUUGUGUUAUGGUGCAGCCAUAAAUAUCAAGCUCUUAGGUUUCAUACCGCCCACAUGUGGGUAUGGGAAACCCAACAAAGGUUGAACGAUUGAAUAGCUUCUGUUUAGAAAAUUUAAAACAUGGUAAAUCAGGAAAGCCAGGUUCACCAGCCAA